CAGGUGGAAAUGCAGGGCUAGAGGUACAAGGAGUAUUUAAAACAGCCUGGCACUGCCAGAGCCCGUGUCCAGCAGCGGCAGGGAGGCAGGACACUCGCAGAAGGUCCUGGGGUCAGUCACCGAGAUGCCAGCAAAACCAGGAGCGGGCGGUCUAAAAGAAAAAGGCAAGAAGUACAAAACAGCCUGCAGAAGUAAUUUGGAGUGGAAUGCAAGAAAAAUGGCUUUACUAGCGUUUGUCUUCCUUCUUGCCUUCCUCCCAGCUGAGUCUGCAAGCAGCAGAUACCCCUCCAAGGCAUCAAUCUCAAGCCCUGUGUUCGGACCACGGCAGGUAUACGGCCUGCUCAACGGGUCGGUUACCGUGAAAUGCUUCUACCCUCCCACCAGCGUGAACAGACACGACAGAAAGUAUUGGUGCAGGGAAUCGGCCACGGGCUGCAUGACCAUUGUCUCCACCAGCGGCUACACUGCCCCAGGCUACCAGGGCCGAGCCUCCAUCACCGACUACCCCCAGGCAGAAAACUUCCAAAUUAACAUCUCCGGGCUGACAAUGGCAGACGCAGGCACCUACCAGUGCGGUGUGGGUGUCAACAGCAAAGGGCUCUGCCACAAAGUCAGUCUGGACGUUUCUAAAGGCCCACACGUGCCCGAGGGAGCUGAGCUCUUCUACGUGAAGCUGCACAGCACUUUGAGCAUGUCCUGCAGCUUUGGGGAGGACUAUGAGAGCAAAAGGAAAUUCUUGUGCAAGAUGGACAAAAGCGGCUGCCGGAACAUCAUCGAUAGUUACGGGGACGUUGCUAAGGAUUACACAGGGCGAGUUCUGAUGAGCAAUGAGAACGAUCCAGGCUCGUUCAGCGUCGUGAUAACUCAGAUGGGCUGGGAAGACUCUGGCUUGUACGUCUGUGGGGUUGGCUUCUAUGGGGAGGAUGGAGAAACAAAGGAACUGGAUGUGCAUGUCUAUGAGGAGUCAAAAGUUCCUCAAGGAAAGCCUACAAUAACUGGAGUAAAAGGAGGGUCAGUAACUUUUGAAUGCCACUACGACCCUCUGAAACGUUCCUCAGUGAGGUACUGGUGCAAGUGGAGAAAGAAUGGGUGUGCUCGGAUCGUAGACAACUCUGGGUACGUGUCGGGUCUGUAUGAAGGAAGGGUGGCCAUGUUCGACAGCCCAAAUAAUGCGACAACGACCAUCAUCCUGAACCAGCUGAGUGACAAUGACCAAGGCUAUUACUGGUGCAUGACAGAUGAGGUGAAGGAGCAGCAAACAUCAACUGAGCUGAUGAUCGUAGACGGAGAACCUGGACUGAAGGGAAAGAAGAAAGUGGAGGCGCAAGUGGGUUCACGGGUUGAUUUAACUUGCUAUUAUCCAUGCAAGUACUACUCCUACCAGAAAUACUGGUGCAAGUGGACCAACACCGGCUGCAGCCCCAUGUCUGCUUCCGACCAAAGGCAGCCGGGGCCAGGUGUUACCUGUGACACUGACAACAAGACCGUUGUCCUAAGCUUCAACCCGGUGGCAAAGACGGACCAAGGGUGGUACUGGUGCGGAGUGAAGCGCAACGGUGUCUAUGGGGAAACCAUGGCGGCAUACCUGACCGUGACUGGAGGAGCUAUAGGAAGCCGUGCCAACCACAACUUAAAGAUCCUGGACAUUGAGCCCCCCAGCCACGCCGAGCCCCCCAGCCAUGCUGAGCCCCCCAGCCACGCCGAGCCCCCCAGCCACGCCGAGCCCCCCAGCCACGCCGAGCCCCCCAGCCACGCCGAGCCCCCCAGCCACGCCGAGGGAGGCUUUAUUGCUCAAGGAAGAGCCAACAGCGAUGCUGGAGUACACAAUGCAGCUGCCUCUGAAAGCUCUGAUCAAAGCCAUGGCCUCAGUCCACUUCCUUUAAGCAUAGGCCUUGUUGGUGCCGUGCUCCUGAUCCUUGUGACAGCUUUUGCUGUUUAUAAAUACAGGCAGACAAAGAGAUCUGACCUGGUGUCCGUCGGGAGCUACAGGACAAACAUCAGCAUGUCGGACUUCGAAAGUGUGAAGGAGUACAGCGCGAGUAACAACGCCUGCAUGAAGGAGAGCCAGGAGACUCAGAUAGGAGGGGAAGAGUUCACCACUGCCACGGCCGCCCCGGAAAGUGCUGCUGAGGCAAAGAAGGCAAAAAGGAGCUCCAAGGAGGAUGCUGACCUCGCCUACUCCACCUUCCUCCUCACCUCCAGCAGCAUCGCGCAGGGCAGCGCCGGCGGGGACAGCGCGGCCCCGGACACGUCCUCCCCGAGCUGGGAGGGCCAGAUCUGAGGAUGCGGGACCGAGAGGCGGCAGCGACUGGGACCGGCUCUACCUUGAGGAUCAGAGCAAGACAUCAGCAAGCAGCACUGUUUAUUGCUACCACAAUUUGCUAUAGCUUGACCCUUUUUUUGCUUAAAUUCAGCUUCAAGAGGUGAUUUAGGAGGAAUUGUCUGAUGCCAAAUGGAGUGGCUGGGCUGGAGGCUCGGGUCUGAGUGAGCAGGUCAGACUGGGGAACCACAGGAGCUCAAGUGGCUUAGCCCACCAACAGCCCCAGUCCCACCAGUGCCCUUCCAACACAGCUGGCUCUCCAAGUCCAGAAGGCGCAUUUAAAAAAAAAUCUCAUUUUAUUUUAAAGGCAGCUGAAAAAACCCUCUAGAGCAUCUUGCACUUUUGAUUCCAAUCUUUCUCAUCCAGAGGGCAGUACCUGCAGACCAGAGAUGGUCUGAAGUGUUUUUAUGCACAAGCAAUAAAGAAUACCACUGGCUUUCAGCAGA